AUGGAGCCUCUAGACCAGACCCAAUGGAUUCCCCUCUCAUCAGACCUCGAUUCCUCCUCUGCAGCAACUCCCUCAUCAUUCCUCUUUUCUUACCCCCGCCUCUUCAACAUCUCCUCCAACCUGUCCACUCAGAGUGUCCCCUUUCAGGGCAGCAGCACUCUGGUGACAGCGGUCAUCUCUCUCACGGUCUUCAUGGUGGGUCUCACUGGCAACACUCUGGCCAUCUACGUGUUGCUGCGCUACGCCAAGAUGAAGACUGUCACCAACAUCUACAUCCUGAACCUGGCUGUGGCUGAUGAGCUCUACAUCAUCGGGCUCCCCUUCCUCACCACACAGAAUGUGCUCUCCUAUUGGCCCUUUGGCUCCUUCCUGUGCCGCGUGGUCAUGACUGCAGACUCUAUGAACCAGUUUACGUCUAUUUUCUGCCUGACGGUCAUGUCCAUCGAUCGUUACCUGGCUGUGGUUCAUCCCAUCCGCAGCACCAAGUGGAGACACCCCCGCGUGGCCAAGGUGGUGAGCGCAGCUGUGUGGGCCGUGUCCUUUGUGGUGGUCCUGCCGGUGGUCAUCUUCUCUGAUGUCCAGGAAACAUUCAACUCCUGCAACAUGAUCUGGCCAGAGCCGAAUGACGUGUGGUCGACAGCCUUCAUCCUCUACACUGCCACGGUGGGCUUCUUUGGACCGCUGCUCAUCAUUUGCCUCUGCUACCUACUUAUCGUCAUCAAGGUGAAGUCCUCGGGGGCGCGGGCGGGCUUCACCAAGCGUCGUCGUUCGGAGCGUAAGGUGACGCGGAUGGUGGUGGUGAUCGUGGUGGUGUUUGUGCUCUGCUGGCUGCCGUUCUUCAUCAUCAACAUGGUCAACCUGGUUGUCAUCAUCCCAGAGUCCAGCGUCACUGCCGGCAUCUACUUCUUUGCUGUCAUCCUGUCCUACGCCAACUCCUGCGCCAACCCGGUGCUCUACGGCUUCCUGUCAGACAACUUCAAACAGAGUUUCAGAAAAGUGCUGUGUGUGAAGAGUAUGAGGUGCAAGGCCAAUGGUGUAGAUGAUGGUGACCCCAGUGCCCCACGUACUGAGAAAACCACAGCACAUGACCUUGUCCUGCUCUCCCCUCGAAACCAAGUCUACCAUGAUCCCCAGAGCAGCCAGGCUCCAGACUCGCCUGCCUCGCACACAGCAGCAGACCUGCACCGCUUCAGCCCUACCUAUCAAUCUCCCUCCACUUGUCCAGGGAUCGGAUCCACCACUACCACGAUAACCUCCACAGCAGCCUCCAUGGUAACCAACAUUGUAACCACUGCUGAACCUCCCACCACCACUGCCCUGACUACGCCCGCCUCCUCAGCCACCAUAGCUCCACAGGAACACUAG